AUUGUUUACGAACAGCUGAGACAAACUUGAUUGUCGUUCUAAACAUCAAAAAUUUUGUCUUUCGUUCACGCAAUACCGAUUUGUCGCGAAUAAACCUUUAAUUUAGAGUUUCUGAGUUGAAAUAAAUUGAAAAAGUAAAAAAAAAUGGAGGUGGAAAUGCCGACCGAGAAAAUCGAUCAACUGAUUGACUUGCUGGAAAAGCAGGAAAUCGAAGCCACAAUGGCAUUGUCCGCUCAAUUGUAUGCAGAAUUGUUUGCUGCUUAUCUGUACAGAAAUGAACUAUCGAAAGCCCGAUUUUUGUGGAAGAGAAUUCCUAAGGCGAUUAAGGCGGGAAAUGUGGAGCUGGAAAAGAUAUGGAACAUAUUCAAUCAUCUGUGGGACAAUGAUUUGAAUUCGUUUUUCAAAGACAUCAACUUCGAAUGGUCAGCAAAUGUUGGCCGAAUCAUGUCACAACUUAAAGAUAAAAUUCAGGAGGAAACCGUAAAUUUAGUUGCCGUCGCAUACAGUUCCAUCUUCGAAGACUAUCUGCAGAAUCUACUGAAUCAAACACCGGAGGCACUGAACGAUCUAUGUGUGUCGCUCGGAUGGGAUAUUCAAAGCGGUUCGUAUCCGCGCCUAAUUAUUCCGAAGAAGAAAGUUAGCGAAAAGGUGGACACUGCUACAGCCGAAGAUCAACUGCAACAAUUGACGGAUUUUGUGUCAUUUUUGGAAAACUAAAGAUUUUUGUACCGUCGUCACUUGGCGUUUAAAUUUAACUUUAAGAUUUAUUAAAUACUUUGCAUUCAGAA